CUCACCCUGUCUUGCAGAUUUGAACUGGCAACCUUUAGGUCAGCAACCCAACCUUCAGUUCAGCAGUUCAGCUGGCACAAGAGUUUAACCCGUUGUGCCACCAUACCUCCUAUCUUCAGGCCUUGGAAAGUUUCCAGGAAAAAUAAUGAGUACAGUAGAGUCUCACUUAUCCAAGCUAAUCCUUGGAUAAGCGAAUAUCUUGGAUAAUAAGGAGGGAUUAAGGAAAAGCCUAUUAAACAUCGAAUUAGGUUAUGAUUUUACAAAUUAAGCACCAAAACAUCAUGUUAUACAACAAAUUUGACAGAAAAAGUAGUUCAAUGCACAGUAAUGUUAUGUUGUAAUUACUGUACUUACAAAUUUAGCACCAAAAUAUCAUGAUAUAUUGAAAACAUUGACUACAAAAAUGGCUUGGAUAAUCCAGAGGCUUGGAUAAGCGUGGCUUGGAUAAGUGAGACUCUACUGUAAUACUAAAUGAUAACAUGAAUCUGUCUAGAGGAGAGUGACUGAAAUGAUCAAGGCUUUGGAGAAUAAUCCCUAUGAGGAGCGGUUUAAAGAUCUGGGCAUGUUUUGCAUGUAGAUGAGAAGGUUGAGAGGAGACUUGACGGCCAUGUAUAAUAAUGUGAGAGGAAGUCAUAGGGAGGAUGGACCAAGCUUGUUGCCUUCUGCCUUGGAGACUAGAACUUGGAAGAAUGGCUUCAAACAAAUAACCCACAUUACGUGCUUUGAACUGGGAUAUAUGGCAGUAAGGACUCAGACAAUCCAGUUCAAAGCAGGUAAUGUGGGUUAUCCUGCCUUGAUAUCCUGAGUUAUAGAGCUGUGUGGAAGGGCCCAAAUUCUUUCUCCUUCUCUGCCAAAUAAUGCUGGAAAGUGUCCAGAGGAGGGCCACAUCUAAGGCAGGCAUCCUCAGAGGUUGUGAGGUGUGUUGGAAACUAGGCAAGUGGGGUUUGUAUAUCUUUGUUGAGAGGUGUUAGCUGGCCCUGAUUGUUUCAUGUUUGGAAUUCCCCUGUUUUUGAGUGUUCUUUUUUCACUGUCCUGAUUUUAUUUAUUUAUUUAUUUCCCAUACUUCUGUCCCGCCCUUCUCACCCGAAGAGGUCUCAGGGUGGCCUCACAACUGACAACAAUUUGAUGACCGACAUACAAAUUCCAAUAACAUAAUGACAAUUAAACUCAAACAUUUAAACAAAAACUACUAAAAACAACAAGUACAAUCACACAAGUUCAAAAUCAUAGUCCAGAAUCAGUCCAGUGGUCAAUACUUAAAAAGUCCUCAAGUAUUGCACUGCUAGGAAUAAUGCUCAAAUGCUUGGUCCAUAACCAUGUCUAGCAAGGCUAUUCUAUGCUAAUCAAGGUGAUCAAUUGCAGUUAUUCACACUUGCCCUAUUAUCCAACAUUUUUUGCUUACCCAACACUCAACUGGCCAUUUAUGUGGGAUAACUGAGACUACUGUACUUGGAUGGAGCAGCAGGCUGUAUUUCUGCUGUGUUGUCAUAAGCUGAAAGUUGUUCUAUGUCAUUCCCCUUCCUUGUAUGACGAGUUGGGUUUUUUAGCAGAAAAUGUCAAGCAAGAAGAAGCCAUCAGGAGCAUUUCAUCGUAAAAGGAGGUUGCAGCAUUGCAAAGAAGAUGAGAAUCAAGCUAAAGCAUUGCAAAGGUUUUUAACGACUUCACCAUCAUGUGAGACAGAAAACCCAGAGACAACAAAAUUGACUGAAUCAGAUCAUGAUGAUGACGGCAAGAUACCAAUAUCUGAGCCUCUACCUGGACCAUCAACAAGUCAAGACUUCACUGCAACUUCAGCAACACCAUUAGCACCUUUAAAUAUUGGUUGUGACAUAACUAGGACCGACACGGAAGAUGUGGAUGAUGAUUUAUUAGGAGAUGUAGUCCUGCCAUCUACAAGUCGGCAAACCAUUGAAUCUGAACAAAGCAGAGACCCAUUAUUAUUGCUUUCAAAUGACUGUGGAGAGUGGCCACUCAAAAUAAAUGACGAGGCACGGAAAUUACUUGUUGAACGAGGACCUCAGCAAGUCAGAGGCAUAAAUUUCCCAAAGGACAUUAAUGGAAGGAAAUUUUCCUCAUAUCAUUAUACAAGGAAGCUGUGCAAUGGAGAGCAAGUCAACAGAUAUUGGCUACUGUAUUCUGUAUCAAAAAAUGCAGUGUUUUGUUUUUCUUGCAAAAUUUUUGGAAAUGCCAAAUCUGUUUUUGCUAGUAGCCAAGGGUAUUCUGACUGGAGUAACUUGGGCAAGCUUUUGACCAGUCAUGAGAAAUCCCGUACUCAUAUUAAAAACCGUGCAUCUUGGCAUGAACUCUCUCAACGUUUACAUUUAAAGAAAACUAUUGAUGCAGAGCAUGAAAGACUUAUUUAUGGUGAAAGUAAACACUGGCAGCAAGUUCUGAAACGCUUGCUAUGUAUUGUACGGUUUUUGGGGGUUCAAGGAUUGGCAUUUAGAGGGACAAAAGAUGUUCUAUUUGAACCAGAUAAUGGCAACUUUUUAAAAUUGGUAGAACAUAUAGCACAGUUUGAUGAUCCGAUGGCCGAACAUGUGAGAAGAGUCAGUUCCAAAGAAACACAUGUUCACUAUUUGAGCAAAAAUGUCCAGAACGAGUUUAUUGCUUUCUUGUCAGGCAAGAUCCAGAAUAAUAUUUUACAACACUACACGAGGCAACGUAUUAUUCUAUUAUAUUAGACUGCACUCCUGAUAUUAGCAACACCGAACAAAUGACAUUGGUGGUAAGAUUCGUUAAAUGUGAAGCAAAUGAAGAUGCCUCAAUUAAGGAACAUUUUUUAGGCUUUGUUCCUGUUGCCAAUCCUUCAGGUGAAGGUCUCACAGAAAUAUUACUCAAAGAGUUGGAAGCACGACACAUUCCAUUAAAAAACAUGAGAGGCCAGGGCUAUGAUAAUGGUUCUGCAAUGAAGGGAAAACAUGUUGGAGUCCAGAGGAGGAUCCUUGAUUUAAAUCUUAGAGCCUUUUAUGUACCAUGUGGAAACCACUCCCUGAACUUGGUCGUAAAUGAUGCAGCUCUGUCUUGCAGUAUUGCAGCAGAGUGUUUCACCAUCAUACAAGACCUCUAUAACGUUUUUCAAGUUCUCCUCUAAGAUGGAGUAUUUUGUUGAAGCAUGUUUCAACUCUCACACUCAAACCACUCAGCAAUACUAGGUGGGAAAGUAGAAUCGAGGCAUUGUUGCCUUUGAGGUACCAUAUUGAAGAAGUAUAUGACACCUUAUAUGAAGCUUCUCAAUGUCAGAAAUUUGAUGGAUAUUAUAAGACCCAUGCUGUUGCUCUUCUUAAAAGACUGCAAAGCUUCACGUUUCUGUGCAGUUUAGUGUCAUGGCAUGAGAUCCUGAAUAAGAUCAAUAUGGUUAGUAAACAGAUGCAAAAAGUGACAAUUGAUCUUCAAAGUUCUAUGGAUCUUAUUAAGAGUGUGAAAACAUUCCUAGAAAGGAUGAAAUCUGAAGAAGGGCUAAAUAGCGUCAUUACAGAUGCAAAGGAACUUGCAGGAAAAAAUCGAUGCUACUUCCGACUUUGAAAAAGAACCACUACCUCGACCGAGAAAAGUAAGCAGACAGUUUUCCUAUGAAAGUAAAGAUGAAACUGUACAUUCUGGUAAAGGUUCUUUUAAAGUGAACUUCUUUUUU